AUGGCACACAUGUACUCCGUGCAAUGGAUGUGUGAGAGCACGUGCGCUCCUGCAAGCCGGGUGAACCUGGUGGAGACAACGGAUCAUCAUCAUGUCACCGCUGGAUGUUCAAGGACCUGCUGCAUUCCUUGUGUGGCUGAGCCUCCAGCUCAGAUCUCCUCCAAGGACCUUCCUCCUGAACCGCAAGUAAUAUUAUCUCCGAGCGAGAAGAAGCCCGUUUCAGAAGGACCUCCCAAAGCGCAGAACCCGAGUUCGCCCACAAACAGCUGUGGAUACACAUCUGGCUCCGAGAGCGAGGUAGCGGACAGCGAAGGAGAAGCUGCUGCGCAUCGCAGAAUGAGGACCAAGUUCACUGCAGCACAGAUACACGACUUGGAGAAAGCUUUCAACAAGCACAGAUAUCUUGGGGCGACGCAGAGGAGAAAAAUAGCCGAAAAGUUACACCUGUCCGAAACUCAGGUCAAGACGUGGUUCCAGAACAGGAGGAUGAAACUGAAGCGUGAAGUGCAGGACCUGAGCACCAGAUACUGGAGUUCCAUGCUGCCCCACGCGGUGCUGCCGCGCGCCCUCUCCCUGCAGCACCACGGUUUGAACGCGGAGCGCCUUCGACUGCCUCCCGCGGCCGCCGCGCAUGCGCUCUACACGCCUCUGGGGCCGCAGCUUUUCGCGCCGCGAGUGAUCGCGCGAGUCCAGCCGUCGAUAUUUUCACCGUGUUUUUACUGA